AUGGUAGCUUCAAUAUUUGCCAUUUAUGGUACUGUUUUCUCUCCUGCUUUUGAAUGGGGACCUGGCAUAUCGAAAUGGUCCAUAAGGAUCUUAGGAACGACUGGUGGAUGUUUUGGCUGGAAGAAGAUGGAACGUGUCGAGGAAAAAAUUUGGCAUCAUAAACUCGGAAUGGCUGCAGAAGUUCUCAAAAGCAUUAAUUACAAAACA